AUGACCACAACCUUAACUUAUCCUACAUUUUGUGCUCCUGAUGAUACGGCUAGCAUAUGGAUGUACCAGACGGACGAUUCUACGCCACAUAGUCUUGCUACUCUCAAGUUCACAGAGAAUAGUCUGUUUGAACGGCAUGUUUCAAGCACGGCAAUGCCUAAAUUACGAAUCGUCUCCAUCAACUCCAAGUCAUCUACCAAACCCCUCCAAAUUUCAAAGUGUGCUCUUCAGAUUCUCAUGGAUUGCUAUGAGAUUGGCGAUGAAUUAUGGGACUUGACUUCAACCUUUGGGGACAAACCCAUGAGCUCUUCAGUAGGAGAAGGGGCGAUGAAAAUUCAAAAUCAUGAAAAUGGUAUACAAGAAAUUUCUUACAGACUCACAUUUCCAAUGUCAACUGGAGUUCGCCAUUGGACCAUGAGACAGAUAGCUGUUCUUCAUCACCAUGAUCCUCAUGGCCUGCAAGAUCUCUGGAUAUUCUUUCUCGUCGGGGCUAACACCUCAAUGCAAAAGGAUCUCGAGAGGUAUGCGCCAGAGAGCCAGCAGGGACUGAGCUCAGACCAUGCCUGGUUUUCAAUGCAUUCUUGUGCUUUAUCUUGUUUGAGGAACUGGCACGAGUAUAUUCACUAUCUCGGCCGGGACGUGGAUGACCAUACUGGUAAAUCUCUUGACUUUGUCAUGAGAAAUAUUGAUCAUGUUCUAGCCGCCGGAGGGGACAGCAAUUUGACGGCUAUUCACGAUACCCGCGAUCGUCUACUACCUACCACACACAGACUUGGAGUAAUAUUGGAAACUCUGACAACACUUGAAACAUUAAGCCAUGCGCUGGAUGCGAGCCAAAAUGUCAAACAGAAUGGUUAUCUCAAACUUGUCAAUUUCUUGGCGUACCAUAAGGGACGUCUCGAGGGGCUCGUUGUUGGGAUAGAGGUUCUGAAAGAGGCAGUCAGGGAUACGUCGCAUAUCGUGAGUUUUGCUUUGUACCGUUCUAAUUUGGCUUUUGUGUCAUUGGCUGAUGGCAAGAAGACGACUUUAGGGUUAGACUAUACGAUGACUAGCCAAAUGUUGAAUCUCAACAACCGAAUGGUCGAGUUGAACAAUCGCAUGCUGUAUUCUAAUGAACAGUUACUUCGGCUCGGAACAAGAAACUUUGACGACAAUGCAACGGUCAAGGUGGUUACUAUUCUGACGCUGAUAUAUUUACCUGCAAGCUUGGUAUCAUCUGUUUUUGGUAUGAACUUGUUCAAGUUCGAUGAUGGAACCACGGAGGAGCUGAGAAUCUCCAAGCAGUUUUGGAUAUUUGUUGUUGCCACAAUCAUCUUGGCAGCCAUUACCAUAACCAUAUGGUAUCUAUGGACACACAAAGAGCGGAUCACCAGGCGGAAGUCUCACGAGCAAAAGCACGAGGCACCACAGGAUACUGAGAAAGAUCCCUAG